CUACCCGUGUGAACUUCUGUAAGCAAUGGGUAGAUCCCUCUGUCUGCUUGUUCUCAUGGGGUGCGCUCUGCACCUGGUCGAGAGCAGGUCACGUGACGGUCGACAAGUCGCCGACGAUUCAACAAACCUGCUUCCAUGUAAAGGAGCUCUCGUGCAGUUCGUCGGACGAACACUUAUCGACGAUGUGAAGAACCUGUCGUUGAAGAUCGAGAACGACGAAGCUGGGUCUUACUUGUGCAUCGUGAAGAUUAAGAGUCAUCUGGAAGAAUCCUCUCAAAGCACGAGGGAUGCGCAAGUCAGACCAACUGUUAGCUGCCCGAAGACGAAUUCAACGAUUUGCUUAGACAGUGUCGUGACUCAGCAGCCAGGGAUCAAGGCCACGUGACACGUGACAUCCAAAAGAAGAAUAUUAUGUAUCCAGGCACACUCUGGUGUGGUGAUGGGGACAAUGCCAAUGGAGACACCACAAAGCUGGGGGAGUAUCGUCAGACUGACUCCUGUUGCCGGGCACAUGACCUGUGCACACCAUACAUUGCGAAAUUCACAAAUGAUCCCGAGACUGGUCUUUAUAACCCGGGUCUCUACACCAGGCUUCACUGUCGUUGUGACAACGAGUUUAGGGAUUGUUUGAGACGAUCAAGGGACCACCUCGCUGACACCAUUGGAAACUUGUACUUCAAUGUUUUUACUUCCAUUUGUUUCGACCAGGUGUCACGAUGUCCCGACAAUGGAUUUUCUCCAGAUUGCACGUCCUGGGAAUGGGUCUCGUUAAAAGAUUUCUGAUAGUGUCAUCUGAUGCCAGCAACCAAGUAGAGCAACUGUCAAGUGCAUCCUCACGUUUGUUCUUCUUGUAUCAAAGUCGAUGUAAAAUAACCAUGUGCAUCGCCUUGGAGCAAUAAAGAAAUUUCUGAGCUGAAUUUUUAGUAUGCUAAGCAUGUAGAGUGAAAGUUAAUUAUAUCUGGUAUGAUUGUUAAUGACUAGUUUUAAAACUCAGUGCCAUGUGAGUGUGAACUGUCAUAUUACUGACAUGAACAUUUUUCACCCAGCCUCUGACAUAAAAUACACAAAAUACUGCCCACAUUUCUAGCUCUAUGGGCAGUAUUUUGUGUAUUUAAACAUUUCUUUGAAUUUUCUUUCCAACCUU